AGCAGCUACACCCUCCGGAGUUCCAGAGUUCGCUAGGCCGGCAGCAUCAGUCGGUCUUGCGCCCUCUGACGGCGAGGGUGGCCAGCUGUAAGAGACGGAGAGAUAGAGAGAGAGAGAGAGAGAGAGAGAGAGAGAGAGAGAGAGAGAGAGAUAGAAAACGCCCGUAGAAUAAAACCGCAGUGCGUUUAGGGGAACGUGAAAAGCAGACGACGCGAUUCGCGGCUUCGCACGCAUUAAGAAAUGUUCGUCGAACCCACCAGCCACCUGGUUCUCCUCCCACUACUCGGAGAGCCGCGAUUCCGAUCGCACUAAUCGAGCCACCGCCGAAUGCGGAUCGUCCUGCAGCCUCGCAGCCGAUGUACCGAGGAGCGAUGAAAGGAUAGAGCUGAAAUGGACAAGCCGAGUAAAGAGCUUUCCAAAUAGCCGGCGCUAUUUUAAAGCAAGGUAUUCACGCUGAAGAUCCAACGCCAUUCAAGGGGUGGCAACGAAAUCACGAUCACGUGGCGGGAACUGAAGCGGGCGUUGAGCCUGCUCUGCGUGAGGUCGUCGUCGGGCAGCACCGCGAUGCUGGAGGCCCCACCGGGCAGCCACGAGGAUCUGGUCGAGGCUGCUAGAAUACCGUGCACACAGCCAUCGGAUCUCGACGCGAUGUUGUACGGCUACACAAACAGUGUUUACGUGCUGGAUCAUACACAGGAAUCGUUGCCGGACAUGGACAUGCUGCAGCUCUUCGCAUCGCCGGCGGGAAGAGCGUUGAUGGUGAACGAAAGCCAGCCGAAGGGUUCGAUGCUGACUUCCUGUCUGUCGCGAGAAUCGUCGUCGAGGUCGAAGAACAGCUGCAGACGAGCAUCGGGAACGGGAACCGUAAGCGCCCCGGCAUCUCCUCCUCGACACCGGAAGUCCAGCGCCGAACUUUACAAAGAAGCGGCGGAAAUACUCGGACUCACGUGCUCGCUGACUGACAGCUGUCGAUGCAUUGACUGCCAGAGCAACUACUUUGACUGCGAGGAGGAUUACGGUGACACGAGAACGGAAGUCGCCGCUGGCACGCCGAUUCUUCACGCUCUUUCGCAUCCGCUUACCUGUACUAUUCAGUAACCUGUAUAUGUAUAUAUUUAUAUAACAUUACACAGAAAAUUUAUUAUUGCAAUUUACCCACAUUAUGAUAUGUAUACCGUUUAUCCCGAUUACCUUCACGGCAAAAGCU